GAUUUUUUUUCUUGUUUUAAUGAGCAAAUCGGUAAAUAAAUGUGAGACAUCAAAUAAUUUGAAAUCCGAAAGCAAAAUGUUCUAUUUUUAUUCAUUUGUUUUUAUGAAUUUGUAUUUUUAUUCCAAAAUAUUGACAUAUUUUGGUCUGAGACCUAUAAAAUAAUUCAUUAGCAAAAUGUUGCAUCUGUGCGGAAAAUUGUCAAACUCUCAGUUGCUCUUCCAACGAUUACACUAUGGCAAGAGUUUCUUUAGACCAGCAACAACAAUGUCAGUGCGAGAUGCUUUACAUUCGGCAUUGGAUGAAGAACUAGCCAGAGAUGAGAAAGUAUUCAUCAUGGGAGAAGAAGUAGCGCAAUUUGAUGGUGUCUACAAAGUAACCAAAGGUUUAUGGAAAAAGUAUGGAGACAAGAGGCUAAUUGACACUCCCAUCACAGAAGCAGGAUUCUGCGGAAUAGCCAUUGGAGCAGCUCUAGCUGGAUUACGGCCCAUCUGUGAAUUCAUGACUUACAAUUUCUCGAUGCAAGCUAUUGAUCGAGUGGUGAAUGGAGCAGCUAAGAAUCUGUACAUGUCUGCAGGCAGAUAUCCAGUUCCGAUAGUUUUUCGUGGACCUAACGGCAAUGCAAAGGGUCUUGGGGCUCAACAUUCUCAGUGCUUUGCAGCUUGGUAUAUGCAUGUACCAGGCUUAAAAGUUAUGUCGCCCUCUACCAGUGAAGAUUACAGAGGAGCCCUCAAGGCAGCUGUAAGAGAUCCAGAUCCAGUUGUAAUUUUGGAGAGUGAGCUACUGUACAACAUGGAAUUCCCUGUGUCCGAUGAAGCAAUGGAUAAAGAUUUUACAAUACCUAUUGGAAAAGCUAAGGUAGAAAAGCCUGGGAAGCACAUAACUUUGAUAUGCCAUGGACAAGCUACUCCAUACACUUUGAAAGGAGCUGAGAUACUUGCGGGUGAAGGAAUCGAGGCUGAAGUCAUCAAUCUGAGGUCUUUGAGACCCUUGGAUUGGGAAACUAUUUUUAAAUCUGUAGAAAAGACUCACAGAUUGAUGACUGUUGAGUUUGGAUGGCCGAGAUGUGGAGUAGGUUCCGAAAUUGUAGCCACAAUAAUGGAAAAUCCAGUAUUCUUUCAACUUGAUGCUCCAGCUGUGAGGUGUACUGGAGUUGAUGUUCCUAUGCCUUAUUCAGAGAAAAUAGAGUAUGAAUGCACACCAAAGGAUCAUCAUAUUGCCGAAUUUGCCAAGAAAGUCUGUGGAUCCAAGAUUUAAUUUUUGCUCAGCAAGCAGAAAAUUGUCAUGUAUUUAGUCUGCGAAUAAUAAAUUAUUCUAUAAUUAUCAAAAGAAA